AUCAGACUUGGCACUUUAAAUACUGGAUUGCUUACUGGACGCUCCAUGAAAAUCGUUGACAUGCUGGAAAGGCGAAGGGUUGACAUCUGUUUUCUGCAGGAAACAAGAUGGAAAUCAAAUGGUGUCUCCCUCAUUGGGAGUUACAAGUUGUUCUGGAAUGGCCAAAAGACAGCCCAAAAUGGAGUGGGAAUCUACAUACUGGAUUCACUGGCACAAAAUGUACUGGAGGUAGUUCGAAUCAGCUCACCCCUUAUGCUGAUUAAACUCAGAAUGGGAAAACAGGUUUUCUCUUCAUGUGCACCACAGACCGGUGAAUUUAAAAACGCCAAAAAUGACUUCUGGAAGACACUUUCAGAUGCCGUCCGGAAAACACCAUCAUCAGGGAUACCAUUGAUAUGUGGCGACCUCAACGGCCAUGUUGGAGAUAAAGCAAAUGAGUUCAACGGUGUCCAUGGAGGCUUUGGCUACGGGUCUCAAAACGAAGACAUCAUUCCAGGCAAAGCAUGCAUUUCUCAACAUCGAUUGUUGGUGGCCGAUAUGAUCAUGGAACGAUCACGCCCUGUGACUAAUCGAAUGCCUACUAAAGACAUGGAAACUGAAGAACCCUAUGUUCAGGGAUAA